GGAAGGUAUUAGCUGCAUACAAAACAAAAAUGAAAGAAUUUCUUCACUAUGAUCUUUUCCAGCAGACAACCUGGGCCUUAUGGCCACGUGUGUAGUUAGUCACAAUUUUUAUCAACAAAAUAUAUAGUUAUGAAAGAGGUAGUUACAGACUUACGUUGCUAAAAUCGAGCCUUCUUCGACGUAUUAAACUUUUCCAGUGUUCGCAGCAGUCUACUUUUUCCGUCAUCAGCAUGUGUCGCUAAUCGUCGGUUAUACAGGCAUAGGUCCGAGUUCUAACUAGGUGGACUGCAGUUUAGAUUUCUGAGUAUGUCAGUAUUAUUAUCAUUAUUAUUAUUAUUUUGUUAAACUGUCUCUGUCGUUAGCUGUGCAUGAGAAAACUCAGAGAAUGAAACAGCGUUCUGUUUCUGUCCUGUCAAUCCUGUCAUGUCUGAUGUUGUAUCUGUCCAUGGUGCUGAAAUGCUCCUCAGUCACUCAGGUACAGAUGCAAAGACAGAUGUCUCCUUAUCCUCAUUCAUGCUAUUCAGAUUUUUAAUCAGAAUAAUAAUACGAGUAAUACUUAUACGAUUCAUACUAAUAAUAAAAAUGCCAUUGAUGUUGUUGAUCUGUAACCGUCUCCCUUUUGUAACUUUUAGAAAGAUAAAGUAACAGAAUCCAAAUAUCAUUAGGCUCACCUGUGCUGGGCUGAACUUGACCACACCUUAACCAAUUACAAUGACGAGAUUUCGAAUGUAUUUUAAGAACAGUUAAAAACAAAUAAAUAAAUGAAAAUGAAAAUAGGACACAUGCACAGUUAAUGUGAAUGUGAGGGAUGUGCUUUGACAUUUUGGGGCAUUUGUGAAGCAUGUUUCUUUUGAACAUGGUUUUUACAUUUGUAUGUGAAAGUUUAAAAAGUGGGCUCAUGGUGUCGCUGUUGGCUGACAGAAAACGGACAUUCUCCACCCACUGCUGUUCGUACUACCUCGGUCUCAAUUUCAGAGUUUUAUAGAGAAACGGUUCCAUUUCUGAGCUAUUUCAUCGUGCACAAUUCUGAGAAGUGUUGGAUUAUCAAGUACUUUUGCCGGGCUUCUGUUUUUUUCCGUCUUGGGAAACAUAAAUUGUAUGAGCUGAGGAGCCUUUUUGUGUCAGGAUGGGAGACAAAGGAUUCUCAGCGCUCCGUCCGAUCUUUUGCUUCGUUUUCUUUAUUGUAAGGCUGCACCUCGUUAAUGGAGACCUGAGUUAUUCUGUCCCAGAAGAGAUGAAACGCGACUCUGUCAUUGGAAAUAUCGCCAAAGAUCUCGGUCUUGAUGUGAGGACUUUGUCCUCCCGAAAGGCCCGUGUUGAUUUUGAGGGAGCUCAGAAGCGUUACUGUGACAUUAAUCUGAGAACGGGGGAUUUGAUCACAUCGGAGAGAACAGACAGAGAAAGCCUGUGCGGCAAGAAACCGUCGUGUGUUGUGAAGGUAGAUCUGGUGUUAGAAAAUCCAUUGGAGCUUCAUCGAUUAAGUCUUCAUAUUCAAGAUGUCAACGACAACUCGCCGCAAUUCAACGACAACUUGAUUGAAAUGGAAAUAAGGGAGUCGGCAGAAAAGGGUAAUCGCUUCUCCAUCGAGGAGGCCCAUGACGCAGAUAUUGGUCAAAAUGCGGUUCAAAGGUACAACCUUCAGAAGAACGACAACUUUAUUCUCGCUGUUGACAGCAACAAGGUUGAACUCGUACUGGAAAAUAAACUGGAUCGAGAGAAACAGAAAGAGCUUAAUUUGCUCCUGACAGCUUUAGAUGGCGGCUCUCCUCAGAGAUCAGGUACUGUGGUCAUACACGUUACUGUGCUGGAUGCUAAUGAUAACGCCCCAGUGUUCAGCCAGGCCGUUUAUAAGGCCAGUCUGCCAGAAAACUCUCCUGUAGAUACCACAGUGAUUCAUGUUAGUGCUACAGACGCAGAUGAAGGAGUGAAUGGAGAUGUGACGUAUCAUUUUGGCCACGUGUCUGAUGACGACGUAAAUGUUUUCUCUAUUGAUCCUAAAACGGGAGUAAUUAGAGUAACAGGAGUGAUUGACUUUGAGGAAAGGAGUUCCUUUGAGAUGAGAGUGAAGGCUAAAGAUGGUUUGGGGUUAACUUCGUAUGCCAAAGUUAUAAUAGAUGUUACUGAUGUGAAUGACAACGCUCCCAUGAUCUAUCUGAAAUCACUGACUGACCCCAUACCUGAGAACGUGUCACCUGGUACAGAGGUGGGCAUCAUUAACGUACAGGACAGAGACUCUGAGACCAACGGACAGGUCCGCUGCUCCAUUCAGCAAAACGUCCCUUUUAAGUUGGUUCCUUCCAUUAAAAACUAUUAUUCUCUGGUGAGCACAGGACAGCUGGACCGUGAAGUGGUGUCUGAUUACAACAUUACAAUCAGUGCCACUGACGAGGGCUCUCCACCUCUGUCCUCGUCUAAAACUGUUCAGUUAUCUGUAGCAGACAUCAACGACAACCCACCUGUGUUUGAGGAGCAGUCGUACAGCGCAUAUGCGAGUGAAAAUAACAAACCAGGCUCCACUUUAUGUUCCGUGAGUGCUCGAGACCCCGACUGGAGACAGAACGGUACAGUGAUUUAUUCUCUGUUAGCCGGUGAGGUGAACGGUGCCCCGGUGUCCUCCUACGUGUCUGUGAACGGAGACACGGGGGUGAUCCACGCUGUGAGGUCGUUUGAUUAUGAGCAGUUGAGGAGUUUUAAAGUCCACGUGAUGGCCCGAGACAACGGUUCUCCUCCGCUGAGCAGCAACGUGACCGUCAGUGUGUUCAUAUCGGAUGUGAAUGACAACUGUCCUCAGAUCCUGUACCCCGCCCCGGAGGGCAACUCGUUCAUGACGGAACUGGUCCCCAAAGCUGCCCACGGAGGCUCUGUGGUGUCCAAAGUGAUCGCGGUGGACGCGGACUCCGGCCAGAACGCCUGGCUGUCCUAUCAUAUAGUGAAGUCCACUGAUCCGGGACUUUUCACUAUUGGUGUCCACAGCGGAGAGAUCAGGACACAGCGGGACAUUUCUGAAUCUGACAGCAUGAAACAGAACCUUAUUGUGGCAGUGAAAGAUAACGGCCAGCCCUCUCUGUCUGCCACCUGUUCCAUGUAUUUACUGAUUUCUGACAACUUGGCUGAGGUGCCCGAACUGAAGGAUAUUUCUUACGAGGAGAAGAAUUCCAAACUGACGUCUUACCUUAUUAUCGCUCUGGUGUGUGUGUCCACGUUUUUUCUGACGUUCAUCAUCAUCAUCCUCGGUGUGAGGUUUUGUCGCAGGAGAAAGCCCAGACUGUUGUUUGAUGGAGCAGUCGCCAUCCCCGGCGCUUAUCUCCCUCCUAAUUACGCAGAUGUUGACGGCACAGGAACUUUGCGCAGUGCGUACAAUUAUGACGCAUAUCUGACGACAGGAUCAAGAACCAGUGACUUUAAAUUUGUGACGUCUUACAAUGACAGCACGCUGCCUGCUGAGCAGACUCUGAGGAAAAGUCCAAGUGACUUUGUUGACCCUUUUGACGAUUUAGAGGCGUCUGCAGAGCAAAAGCCUCCCAACAAUGACUGGCGCUUCACACAGGGACAGAGACCCGGACCUAGCGGUCCCCACAUGCCAUACGGUACACACAUACGAUGGACGCCGAAGAGUGGGACAAGAGCAACUGGAGGACCUGAGGUUGCCAUGGGAACUGGCCCCUGGCCCCAGCCUCCAACUGAGGCUGAGCAGCUCCAGGCCCUGAUGGCUGCAGCUAACGAAGUGAGCGAGGCUACGGCCACCCUGGGACCAGGAACCAUGGGCCUGAGCACCCGCUACAGCCCCCAGUUCACCCUGCAACACGUGCCCGACUAUCGCCAAAACGUCUACAUCCCCGGCAGCACGGCCACCCUCACCUCCAACCCCCAGCAGCAGCAGGCCACUGCCCAGCAGGCCACCCAGCAGGCGCUGCCCCCACCACAGGCCUCGGCCCAGCCUGAGCCCCCCAAGGCCGCUCAGACCCCUGCCUCCAAGAAGAAGUCCACCAAGAAGGAGAAGAAGUAGAGUCGAAAGGAGAGAGGUGGAGUAAUGAUGAACCCGGCCUGAUCCGAUGAGAAAUUCAACCCCCUGUACCCUUUCCAUUAAGUAUCUUACUGCUCCGCUGUCACUCAUGCUAGCCACGGUCUAAAUAAUGACAGCAAAUCACUUUUGACCACAUGUAUGAAGCUGAUGGUUCUUUGAAAGAGAGUCUUGAAGAAUCUGAAUGUGCCGAAGGUUGUUACUGGUGUUGAUAAUCCAUGUUAUGCGAAAGGUUGAAUAUUGCGCAUGUAAUCUUUGUCGGUGGAUAAUUUUGGCAGGGUAUGGGGGGUUAUAGUGAUUUGUGAUGUUUUUUUGUUUUGGGUUGGUUUUUUUGUUUUAUUUUGGCAAAAUCAAAUGAACUUGGACAAAGAGAUUCAGUGUAAGGAACCUUGCUGGGAUGACAAGGAUAUACACAACGAUGUAUUCAGAGAUGAAAUGUUAGUGUCUUUCAUGUUGGAUUUAUUGUGCUGUUUCCCUGAGGUGGGAAGUCAGCUAAUGUAAAGUAAGCUACCCAUUAGGUUCCUGUUUGGGGUCAGCCUUGCAGAGUCUUAAAGCAUAAGUCCUGUGGAUAUAAGGCUGUUGUUUGACAGGUAUUACAAACUCUUCUGCAUGCUCAAACCUCAUAUACUAGUUUAGUUGCAAACUAUGCAUUGCAAAAGCAAAGAGGAGGACAUCCUGAAUCUGUUAUCCUCCCUCCAAUCGCAGGUCAAUAUAAUGCACAUGUAGCAUUUACUUGACACAAAACAAAAAUUACUUUUGUAAACAUGGAUUAAAAAUUCCCAUUUUAAUCUCCUGAUAUUUUUAUGACCUGAGCAUGCACCCAUAGCGAGGGCUGGCAGAGGGUGGGGUGGCGUGGCGUUGUGUCAUGGAGUCACAAGCCUUCUGUCCAUGCAGGUGGCAUAGCGGCAGGGAGUUGUUUCUUGUAUGACAGCUCCAGAUGGGCGCAAACAUGUCAUGCCGCCCUGCACCCUCUACCCUCCCCUCUUCACCCCCAGCUCGUGUCCUUCCCUCAUUCACUACCCCAAGUUGAGAGCCAAACAAAGAGAAAUGCACUGUUCGUAUUCUGAUGAUGAGAUGAUGUAGGGGUAGUAAUCACUUCAGUCUUUAGGGAAACGUGUAGAUGUGGUAAACUUAACAGUCCUUAGGAGUUUCUAGAGACUUUGCAAGCCGCUAGAGUAUUUCCCCUCACUAUCUAUGAAGUGCUGAACACACACACAGUAACAUGUUUUUUCUUUGGGAGAUACUGAUUCAAUAGCAUAGAGGAACUAUUUGUAUAAGAUAUGACGUCUUUACUUUGCCGUCCAUCUGUCUGUCAGGCUUCUUAACCAGAUACAACUGCAUGAGAAAAGGCAGGUUGCAGACUGGGUCAGGGGAAGUGGAGAGGGUGUGGUGAGGGGUACACAGACUGAGGUGGCACCAUUACAUCGACCGAGGGGGUGGGGAAAACAACCUUGGCUCUACCCACUGAAUGUACAGAGGAACCACUGUUGAUCCGCCCACCCCUUAAACUUGAUCUAAUGCACUGACCCAGGUAGAGGUCAACAGAGCCAAGCAUAGCUGUCCCUGUUGGUGAGGAGAUACCACUGAAGAGCCCUUUGAAAUAUCCCUCCUCCAUUGAAAUCAAUGGGAAACCUUAACCUCUCUACCGCUCACCUCAGCCCCUCCACUCCCUGGUCCUGUGAGUCUCUUCUCCCACUGUAAAUAAACACAAAGUCCCGUCGAUGGUAUGAGCCAGUUGUUUGUAUAGAAGGGACCACGUCCAACAUUUUCAAAAUCAAAGUCCCUCUCCACAAGGCGUGGCUUACUACUGGAAUGUGUUGCAUUUUGUUUUUCAAGAAAAAUAAGAAAAUCACGGUUUAAAAAAAAAAAAAAAAAGAAUAAAAAUCUGAGAUGUUCUUCAA